GAGACUCUUCUAGAUCAUUCUGUCCGUUUCGUCGUCUUCCGAGAUGGUCUGCCCGUCAAGUGUAGCCUUGUCAGUUUUAUUCACUAUUCUUGUUGCCAAUUCACUUCGUUGUGAAGCAACUUCCGUGGUGACAUGCAUGUUGUGCACAGUUGUCAGUGAGUCUCUUGAAAGAGAGAUGACACCUACUGCAACAGUUAAUUCAAUGUUCAAAAAGUGCGAUAAAAUGGGACUCAUGGAGCCUGUUUGUGUGCAAUUCGUGUCCGAGAAUGUGAAGGAAAUGUUUCAACGUGUUCGACAAGGUAUUCCAUCAACAAGUGUCUGUCAGGCGUUGCGAUUCUGUGACCUACAGUAAUCCUUUGAGUGGAGGAAAUGCAUUUUGUAAUAAAGUCAUUUGAAAUGUUUA